AUGGAUACUAAACCAGCGACUGUGGAGAUGGAGGAGCGUAAGCAGGAGCUGAGCCGGUUCGGUGACGAUGAGGAGCAGCAGAGGCUGACUCGCCGGCUGCUGUGGAAGCUGGAUGUUCGGAUCCUCCCUGUGUUGGCGCUUCUUUUCCUUUGCUCCUUUCUCGACCGCACCAAUGUGGGAAACGCAAAGAUCAUCGGCUUGGAAAAGGACAUCAAGAUCUCAGACCACCAAUACGAUAUCGGACUGGCAAUUUACUAUCUAUUCUACAUCUGCAGUGAGCUGCCAAGUAAUCUUGUCUUGAAGAAGGUCUCUCCUAAGAUCUGGCUGCCCUUCUUGACAAUUACCUGGGGUAUCAUUACCAUGUGCCUAGGCUUUGUACAGAACUAUGGAAGUUUUGUAGCAGUGCGCGCCUUGCUAGGGGUGGCCGAGGGUGGAUUGCUGCCCGGCAUGAUUCUGUACCUCUCUUCCUUCUAUAGGAGGGCAGACCUGGCGCUCCGAAUUGGUCUAUUCUAUACAGCCGCGUCUUUAUCAGGUGCCUUUGGUGGGCUUUUGGCACGCGGGCUCGCCGAGAUUGGCCCCCGAGGAGGCCUCGAGGGCUGGCGAUGGAUUUUCAUCAUUGAAGGAUUGCUGACAAUUGUCUGCGGCUUCCUAAGCUAUGUCGUUCUUCCCAACUCAGUAGAGACGACCUCAUUCUUGACGGCAGAAGAGCGGGAGUUUGGACAUGAAAGACUGAUGCUGGAUAAUCCUAUGUCUUCUCAAGGAACAUUAGCCCCCGAGGAGCAAGCAUUCAUGUGGUCUGAAGUCAUUCGAGGAGUCUUGAAUGUGCAAGUGUGGCUCUCUGCGUCGGCCUAUUUUGCAAUCCUGUCUGGUCUUUACUCCUUCGGACUAUUCCUGCCAACAAUUAUACAGAACCUGGGAUUCGCAAAAGAUGCAAAUCAGGUGCAGCUGUGGUCUGUGAUCCCAUAUGCUGUCGCCACUGUUGUCACAGUUGCUGUGGCUGUUAUCUCUGAUCGCUUGCAACUACGAGGUGUUGUGAUGCUUUUCGUCCUCCCUAUCGCAAUCGUUGGAUAUGCUGUGAUUGCCAAUAUUGAUUCUCCGCGAGUACAAUAUGGAAUGACGUUCCUUAUGGCGACGGGGCAGUAUGCGAGCGUGCCAUGUAUCUUGGUAUGGAUGUCAAACAACUCAGCCGGUCACUAUAAGCGGGCCACCACAUCUGCGUUGCAGCUUGCGAUCGCCAACGCCGGAGGAUUUGUCGCGACGUUCAAUUAUCCCAAACGUGAUGGGCCACAAUUUCAUCGCGGCCACACUAUUAUUCUCGGCUUGCUGGUAUCUGCCUGGUUUAUGAUCCUGUUCAAUGUUCUAUACUGUGCCAAGAUCAACCGCGAUAAGCGAAGCGGCAAGUAUGAUAAGUUCUCGGACAAGAAUGAUGAUCGUAACCCAGACUUCAAAAUGAUCCUUUGA